UGUGAAAGACCAGCAGCAAAGAGGUUUGUCCACUCGAGGACACCGUAAGAGUAACGUGACCACAUCCACAUCCCGCAUAUCGGCGUGAAAUUACACUCGCUGCAAACGUGCUGCCAUUAUGGAGGGAGAGGCCCUCUCAUCCCUGUGUACCCCUGCUCUGGUGGUUGAUGUGGACAAAGUGAAGAGAAAUGCCCAGAGGAUGAUUGAACGCUGUCAGAAGCUGGGGGUUCAGCUUCGGCCACACAUGAAGACCCACAAAACCCUUGAGUGUGCUGACAUUAUGACAGGAGGAUCACGGAGAUGUGUUGUCGUUUCCACACUGGCAGAGGCCUGUUUCUAUGCCGACCAUGCAUUUGAUGACAUCCUCUAUGCAUACUCUCUUCCCUUUGAUAAGGUGGAGCGCUGUGCAGCCCUGUCAGAGAGGCUGGAUCUCUUCCAGAUUUUACUGGAUCACCCUCAGGCUCUGGAGCAGCUCAAAAAGAGACCACUGAGAGACGGCCGGCAGUGGCACGUAUGGCUGAAAGUCGACUGUGGCAAUGGGAGAGCUGGUGUCCUGCACUCAGAACCCGAGGCACUCAGACUGGCUCAGGCCAUCACCCAGACAGAGGGUGUGGAGCUAACGGGCGUGUACGCUCACUGUGGGAACACCUAUAACUGCAGAGGAGUGGAGCAAAUACAGGCUGUUGCCCAGGAAACCACCAGCUUGACUCUGCAGUUCAUGGAAAAACUGAAGGCUGUCGGCAUCACCUGUAAGUCGAGCAUUGGCUCCACCCCUUCCUGUAGUCACCCAGUCACAGACAUGGCGCAGCUCAGUGAAGUGCAUCCUGGAAACUACGCCUUCUAUGACGCGCAGCAGUCUAUGAUUGGCUCGUGUAGUCUGGAUGAUGUGGCUGUCAGGGUUUUGACAAGAGUCAUUGGACACAGCCCUCACAGGAACCAGCUCCUGAUUGACUGUGGAUGGACUGGACUCAGUCUAGACGGAGCUGGAAAACUUCCAACUGGAUAUGCUGUGAUUGAAGGACACCCGAACCUCAAGUUGUUGUCUAUGACCCAGGAGCAUGGUAGAGUGGAGCCCAUUUCAGGACAACUGGACUACAGCAAGUACCCCCUGGGCACUCUGCUCACGUUGAUCCCAUACCAUUCGUGUGCAACUGCGAUGAUGCAUCCUGUGUACUACGUGCACUCUGAGGGUCGUCUGGUCGGGAAGUGGACACCGACACGUGGGUGGUGAUUAGGCGCUGUCUAAGUGGUGUGCUUAUACAUGCACAUGAUCUUGUUAUGAUAGCUAGAUUAACUCAAAAUGAAGGACUUCCUUCAGUUUCAUGUCACCUGUGAUUUGUUUCUUAAGGAGUGGACGACUAUAGAUGAAUAUUUACCUUCACCAAAAUAACAUGUUAUACUUUUCAUAGACGUAUUCCCCAAACGUUUUGUGUGAAGUCACUUAGAAAUAAUAAUUAAUACACACUUGUAUGUUUCUAAAUGAUUAAAUAAAUAAACGC